AUGGGUUUUUUCAGACCUGGCAAUUCCCGGAAUCAAUACCUGGGAAUAUGGUACAAGAAAAUAUCUCUCAAGAGCAGGACUGUUGUAUGGGUUGCCAACAGAGAAAUCCCACUCAUCAAUUCGUCAGGUGUCUUAACGAUAAUCAACCCUGGAAUUCUCGCCCUCGUCAAUGGUACUGGCACUGUCAUUUGGUCUGUCAAUGUGACAGAAUCCACACAGAACCCUAUUGCGCAACUUAUGGACACGGGAAAUCUAGUUGUGAAAGAUGCCAAUGAUGAGUCCGAGAAUUUUCUGUGGCAAAGUUUUGAUUAUCCAUGUGAUACUCAAUUACCGGGCAUGAAGCUUGGAAAGAACUUUGAAACAGGCCUAGAGCGCCACAUCACCCCGUGGAGGAGCAGUGAUGAUCCAGCUCAAGGUGAUUAUAAAUACCAGCGUGAUCCUCAAGGAUACCCACAAAAUAUUCUGAGCUAUGGUUCUGUUGAGCUGUUCCGAACUGGGCCAUGGAAUGGUAUCGGAUUCAGUGGGACACCAAACGUCAAACCUAAUCCGUACUACACAUAUGGAUUGCAUAAGGAGGAGGCGUAUUAUCAUUAUGCACUCCUCAGCCCAGUUCUUUCAAGGUAUGAUGUGAGUUAUGAUGGACAUGUGCGGCGCUGGAUAUGGGUUGAUGAAAAGAAGGCAAGAUGGGAGAUUUACCUGAUUUUCCCAACAGAGUACUGUGAUACUUAUAAUCUGUGUGGUCCAAAUGGUAACUGUCAGAUUGGAAACUCACCGGCAUGUGGUUGUUUGAAUAACUUUGUGCCCAGGAACGAAACGGAAUGGAGAAAUGGAUAUUAUUCUAAUGGGUGUGUUCGGAGGACGCCGCUGGAUUGCCGUAACGGAGAUGAUUUUCUCAUGUAUUCGCGAUAUAAAAUGCCAGACACACGGAACUCCUGGUUUGAUACGAACAUGACCCUAGGGGAAUGCAAGAUGAGGUGCUUGAAAAUUUGUUCUUGUACGGCUUACACAAAUUUAGACAUAAGAGGAGAUGGAAGCGGCUGUUUGCUUUGGUUUAAUGAGUUGAUUGAUAUGAGAGAGUUUAGUGAAGAUGGGCCAGACAUUUACCUAAGGAUGGCUUCUUCUGGGUUGGGAAUUCGAAUGCACAACUCUGAACAAGGUUACACCGACAAAAGCCAAAAGGAAGAUCUAAAGUUACCAUUGUUCGACUUAGCUGUAAUAGCUAAUUCCACAAAUAACUUUUCAAUCAACAAUAAGAUUGGAGAGGGUGGAUUCGGAGCUGUUUACAAGGGUAUACAAGAAGGAGGACAAGAAAUAGCCGUGAAGCGGUUAUCAAAGAAUUCUAGCCAACGACUUGAUGAGUUCAAGAAUGAAGUUAUUUGUAUUAACAAACUGCAACACCGAAAUCUCGUGAAGCUUCUAGGAUGCUACAUUCAAGGAGAAGAAACAAUGUUGAUAUAUGAAUACAUGCCUAACAAAAGCUUGGACUAUUUUAUAUUUGGUUUGCUCUCUUCAAAACUAUAA